UUCAGAAUCAAACCAAACAACCUUACAAAAAAGAACUGUACAUUCCCAUUGUGAACAAAAAAGGCAGUACUCUUGAUUAAUUUGUAGCAAAUCAAGAACUCUAUACAACAGGUAAAAACUAGUUGAUAAUCAUGAUCUCAACAUGGAGAGAACGAAAAGCUCGAAGACGUGCAUGCGGUAAGAUUCCGUCGUUAUCAAAUAACAUAAGUGAACAAAAGAUGGAGGUAACAAUUCCGCGGCAUUUUCUAUGUCCGAUAUCACUUGAUCUUAUGAAAGAUCCUGUUACGUUAUCAACAGGUAUAACUUAUGAUCGAGAGAGUAUCGAGAAAUGGAUUGAAGCCGGGAACUUCACUUGUCCAGUCACGAUGCAAGUGUUAAACAACAUGGAGCAAAUCCCAAAUCAUACUAUUCGUAGAAUGAUACAAGAUUUGUGUGUGGAUAAUCGUUCUUAUGGAAUUGAACGUAUUCCAACACCUCGAAUUCCAAUCUCUUCCAUUCAAGUCUUUGAAAUUCUUUCAAGUAUUACAUCAGCUACUCAGCGUGGAAAUCAUUCUGAAUGUAUGGAAGUGGUGAAAAAGAUGAAGAAUUUUGGUAGAGAAUGCGAGAGAAAUAGGCGGACUAUCGUCUCUAACGGAACCGGCAGUGUAUUGUCAGCCACAUUCCACAAAUUUGCGUCAGUGAAAGAUAGUACUGCAGAAGAAUUACUCGAGGAGAUCUUAGAAGUGUUGCCAUGGACAUGCCCACUUGACACAGAAGGUAAAUCAUAUCUAGGAUCAUCCGAGUCUUUACGUCGCAUGGUAUCAUUUACAACAUCUGGAAGUAUCUCAAGAAGACGCAACGCCGUUUUAGCAAUCAAAGAUGUUCUUUCCUCAGGCUACAGGCGAAAAGAUUUUGCAGAAAUAGAUGGAGUUAUGGAGGCUUUAUUUAAGCUAGUUAAAGAACCAAUAUGCUCUACAACUACAAAAUCUGCUUUAGUGAUAAUAUACUAUUUAGUCACAUCGAAUGAUGAGAAGAUCAAAGCAAUAUCUGCAGAUAUGGGUUUGGUUUCACUGCUUGUGGAAAUUCUUGUUGAUUCAGAUAGAAGCAUAUGUGAGAAAGCUCUAGGUGUUCUUGAUGGAAUAUUCAGUGUUAAAGAAGGUUUAGAGAAGGGUUACAAUCAUGUUUUAACAAUACCAGUAUUGGUUAAAAAGCUUCUUCGGAUUUCGGAUUUGGUGACGGAGUUCUCCGUAUCGGCUCUUUUGAAACUCUGCAAGAAUGAUGAAAACAGAGAUCAAGAAAGAAGUGUGUUGGUUGAAGCUUUACAAGCUGGUGCUUUUCAGAAGCUUUUGUUGAUGUUGCAAGUUGGGUGUAGCGAAAGAACAAAAGAGAAGGUAACUGAGCUUUUGAAAUUGAUGAACAACAAAAGGAAUACAGCCGAAUGUAUUGAAUCAAUGGAUUUUAAGCAACUUGCAAGACCAUUUUGAGUAGUUAGUUACAUAUGUAAUUGAGUGAUGAAAGAAAAAGCUUAGGAAUAGAGUAUUUUUUUACACUUUGUUAACCUAGCCUUUUUAGGGGCCACCCGAAAGGAUUUAGGGGCCAUCAAUUUAUACCCAGCCAAAGACUCUAGUUAAGGGGUACCCUAUAUGAUAUUGAAAUUACAUAAAUGCCCUUCUGGUAAAACUGUAUAAAAACCAAAUCAAAAAAAAUUCUACUCA